AUGGAGGAUUCUGAUUCCGUUGCAUGUUUGCCACCAGGUUGGACUGUGAAAGUAAAUGUGAGAAAGAAUGGUAAGAAAGACAAGUAUUACCUUUCCCCUUCAAGUGAUCUAAAGUUCAAUUCCAUAGUAGGCGUAUUUCGAUAUCUCAACAAUGCUAAGAACAAAGCCAUCAUCCAAAGUGUCUCAAACAUAGAAAGUGAUCGACAGAUUCCUCGCCGUGCAUCAAAGCGUCUUGCUGGAAUUAAGGCUGAUCCACAUCUAGAACUUAAACCAACUCGAGCGCGCCGAGACAUGGCUAAACAAUCAGGUGAGGACAAAGCUGGCAUAAAUGCAGAUAGAUCCACCAAUAGCUUGCUGAAUAAUCAAACUAAACAGCUGAAUAAUAUUGAAGGGUCGGAAACUAUGCCCAAUGUCAAAAGUGAAGAAAACACAAUGGAGAACCAUGUGACUAAGAAAGAGUGUAACUAUGACGGGAAGUUAGAUUACACCGGUGUGUCUGAGAUUCCCCUCAAAGAAAUACUAACCGAUCCAUGUAUCGCAUUUGCAGUACAAACUCUAACUGGUAACACAUUGGAGACUUUUAAAGACGCCCAAUCAUCGGCUUCAGCUGAAGAACUCGGUAAGAAAAUCAAUGUUACAAAUGAUGAUCCGAAAAAUUUUGCAGUUGCAGAAAAACAUGCUGCUGUUGCUGAAAUCGACCAUCCUAAUAAAAAUAUAGGACCAUGCUCUGAAAAGGAACAUGAUAUCUCAAAGAUGGCAUUGUCAAGUGUGAACUUAUGCAGGAGUGUUUGUUAG